AUGACCGUUCUCAACUGGUGCCUCUUGGCGCUGGAAUAUUCACUGAAGGAGGAGAACGAUCGAAGCACGCAAGCGCUGAUUCGUUUACCUUUGCCACGGUGUUUUCAGUCACAUCCAGCCGUUCUAACGUUGGUAUCAGUUUUCGAAGGAUUUCGAAUGACGAAGAAAGUUGACCAGAUGGCCGAUUCGUUUUUCGAACUUGCUGAAAUUCUUGAAUUUCCAUAUCCAAAAAUGUUUGAAGACAUGAUACGAGCAUCACUGCUGAUCAUGUUGGACGCAAAAGAAUCACUUGGCGAAGAACUGGUUGCAUCGCAGGCAUUCUAC